GUGCGUUAGUGCGUUAGUUCGAUUACCCCACCACCCCGCCAUGCAAUUCCAUGUUUUGCGCGCAUCAUCUAAAGAAUCUAAGAAAACAUUAAAAAAUUAUUAUUGUGACUCUUUUCUCAGAUUUCACUCUUAUUUAUUUGGAAUUUGUAUCUGUAUCAACCAUAAAUCAAGAUCACAUAUCAUAUCCUAUCACGCCAUAUAAUAUUACAAAAUCUACCCACCAUGGCUACGAUCGUGUUAGGUGUUCAAUGGGGAGAUGAGGGAAAAGGCAAGCUUUGCGAUAUCCUAAGCUCUGAGGUCCAGAUUUGCGCUCGGGCUACUGGAGGAAGAAAUUGUGGUCACACCGUGGUCACUGCAGGAAAAUCUUAUGAUUUCCACAUGCUGCCGUCCGGACUGCUUCACCCGGAAACGACAAAUAUCAUUGGACCUGGUGUUGUCCUUCACGUGCCCACUUUCUUCUCUGAGCUCGCCAAGAUUGAGGCUCAAGGCGUCGCAAACUGUCAGCCCCGACUCAAGGUCUCAACACGCUGCGCACUAAAUCUUGAUCUUCACGCCGCAGCCGACCGUCUUCAUGAGAAGCAGCUCGGCAAGCAGAACAUAGGUACAACUGGUAAAGGUAUCGGACCUGCUUACACCUCCAAGGCUGAGAGAAGCACUGUGCUUCUCGCCGAUCUACUUGACGAUGAUGCCUUCGGAGACAGAAUUAGGUCUAUGGAGCGAGACUACAAGCUAAGAUUCGGCGGAGACCUGGACGGAUACGACGUAGAGGCGGAGAUAAAAGAACUCGAGAACUUCCGUGAAAAACUCCGCCCCUUUUCCGUGGACGAUGUCGAAUACAUUGAGGAGGCUCAACAGCAAGGCAAGAAGAUCAUGGUCGAAGGCGCCCAAUCGGCUUUGUUGGAUAUCACGUACGGUACCUGGCCCUUUGUGACAUCAACUUCGACUACUUUUGGUGGCGUCAUGGCUGGGCUGAACCUCGACUACCGAAAAGUCGACUCCGUUGUCGGUGUUUUGAAGGCCUAUACUACCCGCGUUGGCUCCGGGCCGUUCCCUACGGAAGACUUUGGCGAAGUCUGCACAAAGCUACAAGAGAUUGGACACGAAUUUGGCGUUACCACUGGACGUAGACGUCGAUGUGGUUGGUUGGACCUGGUCACGGUUAAGUACUCCAACAGCGUGAAUCACUACGACACCCUGAACCUGACCAAGCUCGACAUCCUCGACAGUUUCCCGGAAAUCAAGGUAGCCGUGGACUUCAAGCACCCCGAUACCGGCGAGAUCCUCAAGGCCUACCCCGCCAGCGCAAAGCUACUUUCUCGCGUCGUGCCAGUUUACAAGACCCUGAAGGGCUGGAACAGCAAGACCACGGGAACCAAGGACUUCGCCAAGCUCCCCAAGGAGGCCCAGGAUUACAUCACCUUCAUCGAGGACUUCGUCGGCGUAAAGAUCAAGUGGGUCGGUUGUGGUCCUAACCGAGAGGAUAUCUUGGUUCGUUAAUAUCUCUCUGGACGGGGUUGGACCCUAAUAAUGUAUCGCUCUUCGUUCUUCGUUCGUAUUCUACAUGUUACUUAGCAAGAGCAACGGCGGCUCUCCUGUAGCCGGGGAUAGAUAAAGUAAGAUAUCAUCAUCAUUAUACGUUUGACGUUUGUAGUAGUCCUUUCCUGCUGUCAAACAUACAUACCACCUACAUACAAUCCAUAUUUCAACCAAAAGGGGAGAGAAACAAGUCUAUAAGGAGAAAGAUACAGAAGGAGAAAAAAAAAGGAAAGGCUCAAGGUUACUUUUCUCACCAUAAUUCCCAGAACCAUGUGAAGGCGCUUUUAGAUCGAGAUUUGGAUUUGGAUUUAGAUAGUAAUAGCCUGGUUGCUUACCUGCUGUACCUAGGUAGGCACCUAGGCAAUUAGGAAGGGAACGGAUGGGUGAGGGGAGUAUAGAUGAGGCAGACACCACUAUUUUCAUGUACUUAUUCUAUGAAAAGGUACAUAGUAGGUAGGUUGGUACUAUGCAUGGAGGGACAAUAAAUAAGGGGGCAUCUUGGGACACCUCCUCGGUUUUGUUUGAUUCUCGUUAGGUUAGUAGGCUUUUUUUUUCUUUGGUGGCAAAGUGAUAUCCUUCCCGUAGGUGCCGCCGAGCGUGGUCAAUAUGGCAGCAUGGAAAGGUAUACAUGACAUAUAUGAGAC